ACCAAAAUAUGUCAAAUGACCUUGCCAGUUUGUAAACAAUUAGUUGUUCAAUCUUAAUAUUUUGAUAUCAUUUCCUAUUUUAUUAUAUCUCAAUCUAUAUUUUGGUUUCGAAUAGUGAACCAGGAAGUAAUCGUGCAAGUGAAAAUGAAUAUAGAUUUCGAGGCUAUGGCUGUGUUAGAGGAGGAAUCUCAAAAUGAGUCGCUGGGCGUGUUCGGCUCGUCUGGGGCGGGCGUGGUGACGGGCGAGAGGCGAGAGAGCGGCAAGAGGGGUCGCAGGCCGGGCAGAAAGGCUCAGCUCGACAAACAGGACAUGAAGGCCAAACUGGUCGCUACACCAGAACGCAGUCGUCAAUCAGCUCGGGAGUGUAGAGCUCGCAAGAAGCUCCGCUACCAAUACCUCGAGGAGCUGGUCGCUGAUAGAGAGAGAUCAGUACUCGCGCUGAGAAAGGAACUUGAUAAGUACUAUAAAUGGAAUCUGGAAUUGGAUCAAGGUCGUAUGCCCGAGGGUUUGGACCAACUCCUCCAAGAGAUGGGGGUGGUCAAAGAGGAGGUGAAGAUUUAAGAUUAAGGUACCCCCAUAACAUACAUAUGUAUUAUAUAUAAUAUUUAUACAUAUACCUCCCUAAACAUUGAAGAAUUUGGCGUUAAAAAAAAUCCACGUGUCAAAAAUUAAUCAGUUUGAAGAAAAAACAUACUUUUAUUUUAAGGUGUCAAAAUUAUAUGUGGCCUUCGCCAAAAGAAAAAAAAAUUUCUGAACCUUAUAUUCGGAUAUGAAAAAAAAACUAAAUUUAGUUUCUGAUACCUUUCUAUGAGGUUAUAUUUUUGUAUGAAUAUUCCUUAGUAUAUAUCAGCCAGUAUGUAAUAUCUUUUUGAAUACUUUUUCCUUUACUACAUUAGUUAUAAAAUUCUUAUAAUCUCUAUAAUAAUAUUAUCUUCUAGAAAUUUCUUUUAAAUUAACAAUAUAUUUCGCAUAAUCCAAUCAUAUUUUAUUUCUUUGUCAUACGAGUAUAUGGUUAAAUUUAUUUUGUAUGUUAAAUCAUUAAAAAAUGGGUGUAGUUAUUAAGUUUGUCAUUAAAAUAUGUUCGAAUUUAUAUUUAAUUAAACUUAUACUUAAAUAACAGUGGAAUAAUCAUCUUAAAAUAUGAAGUCUCUGUGUUAUUUUGUACAUAGUACUUUUUGUAAUACUGUAGAGUUAUUAAUCUACCAGACAUACUUUGGUCUGCCUUGAUAUUAAGGACUUAAUCACUGGGCGCUCUAUUCCCGUUGAGCUCUACACGCUUUAUCAACUUGUGUGAUUAAACGAAAUACUCUGUAAUAGUCCAUGGUAUAAGUGCGGACUAGAGUUGAAAUAGUUAAAACAAAAAUUAUAGUAAAUAAUUAAAAGCUUUUCCAGAUACAAAGCGAUCAAGUAUCUCACUUAACAGAAAAAAAAUAAAUAAAUCAAAACUAACUUAGUUAUAAAUGGAGAAAGUCGGGUGCUUAACAUAUUAAAAUUAGUUGUAUAUAUUUUUAGAGAUUUAUCUCAUAACGAUGCUUACUCGUCAACUGAGUGAUACAAAUUAGUUAGUAGAUAGGUGACAUUUGGUGUGGCUUGGAUAAAAUUUUUAUUACAAUUAAUUAUACAAAUCACAUUGAAUAGUUGAAAUAGCAAUAUAAGUUUAUAAUAAGAUGGUAAAAAAAAUAUAAAUAUUUACAAUUUUAAUACAUCGAACGCGAACACUCGAGUGAGUUUUGCCACCGUCAUGACAACUGAACUAUAACGUUCUAUGCGAUUUAAUAUUGUAAAUAUUUAGAUUUGUUUAUAUUAUAAUUAAGUUAUGUAAAUGUUAUAUAUUCAGUCAUAAAUACUACCAACAAAACCGAUUAGAAUGUAAAUACAGCUUUUUACCUCCCAUAGACGAUAUUUAAAUUUAAUGUAUUUUACUUAUAUAACAUAUAGUGCUGGUAUAUAUGUAGUAUCAGUGCAAAUAGUCGCGGAUGUUGGGUACUGCAAAGAACUUAUAACGGUUCACGUCUUUAUUCUAACAAAUUAAGGCGGACGAGUUUUUUCGGGUCAUUAAAUUCAGUACAGAAAUAAAGUCCACAGUUAUAUUUACGUCUAACAAAUGAACUUUAAAAAAAAAAAAACAUUUACGAAAUUCUGUUGAAACAACAUGACAAACAUUUAGAUAAUCAAUAGAUUUUUGUACCUUUUGUAAAUCCAUUAAUGAUAAAAGCAUUUGAAAUAAAAUAUAUAUAUAUUUAAAAGAAAAAUUUAUUUUAAAAUGUUUUUUGUGGAUAAAAAAUAUCUAAAGAAAAAUGUAUUCGAAGAAGUCAACGUUAAAAACAGUCCGAACACAAUCAAUAGGUAUGUUUACGAAAUUUAUCUUGACUCGUUGGCCUUAUCGUGGUUUUUUUUUUAAUUUAUAAAAAAGGUUGUAUCCAUUUUUUCUGUAACAUUAAACUUUUAUUUACAACAUACAAUUCAAUAUUAAACUCUGAAGGUAGAUUAAUAAGUGUCAAAAAGUUACAGUAUGUAGUACAUCAAAGGUAAAUUCUACAAAGGCAACAAUAAGUUCUCUAUCUUGUUGGUGUGGAGGUGAUUCAAAUUUAUAACAACAGUACUAACCGCAACAAGCUAUAGGGUUUUAUUGAAUGUUGCCAGACUAAUUUUUAAAUUUACUGUCAACAAAUGGCACUUCUUUAUCUUAAGAGAUUUAAUUUUCUUUUCUAUAAAAUUUUCAUUCGAAUGACAUAUAUUUAGGACGUGCAACUAAUUAUUCAUAUACAGAGACGAAACCUCUUAGCAUUCUAUGGAUUCACCGUGCGGGCGCCGGGUCCGCCGCGUUGCAGGGAGAGGAGCUUCAACAGUGCCUGGGACUUGCGAUCCAGGUGUAGGUUCAAGGCGCCCCUAUCUAAAGCGCGUAACGCUCACCUCCACCGUCCAAGCUCCUCUCUACUAACCAAAUUUGAAACGAACCUACUAGAGCUGUCUUCGAAGUACGUUCGAAGAAUGAGCUGAUGUUAGUUCUGGACAGGCCCAAGUAUUUUAGUAGGCUGUAGAGAGAUUUAGCUGUUAUACCUCUGUCACUUUCUCCCACUUCUACCACGUACAAAUUUACGACGAACCUAUUCCUAGUGAGCUCAUAAUACUUGUUGACCUUGAUGGCAUGGUUUUCGGGGAUGUUGGUCUUCCAAGGAACCGUAGGCUCUAUUAGCGUAGCGCGCUUUAAAAUUCGCGAAUACAGAAAUAUGUUUCUCAUACGUACCCAUCGUUAUAGUCCUAUCCGGAGCCGCUUCAAGGAUAUAAUAUUUAAAUUAAAUUUAUAAAAUUAAUAAAUUAAAUUAAUAACAAGCUGAUGGAAUGAAAACCUAUCGUCUUACAUCAGAUACUUUAACGAGGAAAACUCCGUGACUUUUCCAUGUUCAUUAUCGAUUGGUUCAUGUAGACUAGCACGUUACUAAAAUAAAAAAAAAAAUUCACUAUGUUGUAAAUUCUUCGACACGCACAAUUAUGAAAUUACUAUAUAUAUAAAAAAAAUUAUUUUUUUUUAGAAAUAAUUAAUAUUAUAUCAUUCGAAUAAUGUUUUUUUUUAAGUUCUUUCAAUAGAUUUUCGGUAUUUUUUUUUGUUUAGUCUUAAGUAUAUAUGAUUAAUUUUUUUGUUGUACUUCCUGCGUUCAAUUAUUAGUUUUAAUUAUUUUUUUUAUUAACAGGCAACAAUCUCGACAACCUUUUACUUUUAUUACAAUUUAAAUAACUUACAAUUUUUUUUUUGUACCCCAGAAGGAUUUUUUAAAUGUACAAGCAAUAAUUACUUCAGUUGCAAGCUCAUAUUAAAGUACAAAAUUUUAUUUCAAUUUAACUAAGUUUAUUAGUUAUGUAUAUUUUAAAGGAAAGGAAAAAAAAAUCUUAACAAAAUUACAUAUUUUUUGUAUUAAAACUAAAAAGUUAGUGGAGAUGUUAAUUUUUUUACGUGUUUCAUAGUCGUGAUACUAACAUUAAGUUUGUUUAAUGAUUUUUUUUUAAACAGUUGUCGGCUAUCCGCCUUUAAUUUAUAUUUUGAAUAAAAAAACAACUUAACAUAUGUAUAUACAAUAUAUAUUAGGUCAUAAUGUCAUUUUAUUCCAAUGAUUAGUGUUAUGCUAGGUAAUAAAAAAUUUAAAAUUUUUAGCUUGUAAAUAUUUACUGAAUAUUUUAUCUCUUUUCCAUUGACAAUACAUUAUAAAAAUUUCAUGGUUAUUGUCUUAGUUUUUAGGGCAUGAGUGAAACAUACAAAUAACUAUUACAUAUAAAAAUAAUAUAAACAUUAGUUAAUAUAUAAUUAAUAAGUAAUUUACAAAAAUGUCCCAGUACUUUAUACAUGGUGAUUGAGUAUUUUAUCUAUAAUAUUCGAGAGUAUAAAUAUAUGGUAAUUCACAAUGCUCACUUCAUAUAUAGAGUGUAAACACCAUAUAUACUUAGACAUUUGAUUUUUUUUUACAAUAUCAUAUCAUGUAAAACCUCUUUGUAUAUUAAUAUAUAUAUAUUUUAAUUAUCUAUGUAUGCUACCGUCAGAUACAUAGAGUGCUAUAAUAUAUAUUUUUUCUUAUAUUACUUUUGUACAUCCAUGAUGGAUAUCAUCAUCAUCAUCAGUCAUCACCUCAAUAAUAUAGUUUAAUAAUAUAUUAUAAAUAUGUAUGUAAUUAAAAAUUGUCAUAUAAGUAAAAGUAAUAUUAAUAAAUUUUAGAAUAUAUAUAUAAACUAAUUUUGGAUUUACAAUUCAGAUGCCUGAGCAUCAAACGGUGACAGCUUGGUCAUUGUAUACAUUUACCUCUGAGUGAUAUUAGUGCUGUGUGAGAUGAGUUAUGUUACAUAAUCUGAUUUCCUAGCUGAUUAAUAUGUACCCCAAGUUUUUCCCAUCUAUUAAAUCCAAUACAAAAUUCUUCUCAUUCUUAUUUUUGGCUGAAUAUAUGUAUUAAUGAUAAGAUUCCAAGACUUACCCAAAAAAAAAAAAAAUAUAUAUAUAUAUAUAUAUCAAACUUAUUACCUUUAUUAGCACCACAUUCUCGAAUCGUUCAUAACAAACCACAAAUAAGGAGUGUUUUUAAUUAAACAUUCAGGGUAUAAUUAAGAGCAGACGCCGCUUGAAAGUUUCAUGUAUGUACAUAUAAAAUAUAUGCGGAUAGUUUUUAUGAAAUAUUGAAUAGUUUGUAGUUAAGAUUCUGUAUUUGUAAAUAACAUUAUAAAGAGUAUCUUAAUGAGAGUGUGAUUGAAUUCGUAUAUGUGCAUUAUAUAUAUAUAAUAAUAGUAUUUUAAUUAACGAAUUAUUUUAUUUUACAGUGAAUAAGUCUGUGUAAUAUUUUCAUUAUAUUAAAUGUAAACAUUUGCAAUAAAUGAUAACAUAUAUACAAGUAAUGUCCAAGAAAUUAUAAAGCAAUAAUUUGUGUUACAAUCAAUAAAUAAGAUUUAAUUUAUGUAUAGUGAUAAAAAAUCCUUGAGAUCUUUAAGGUAUGGAGCGUUUAAAUUUAUCGUUUUGAGGCUGAUUCAAUGGAAUAUAUUUUUUAACCUAUGUAUUAUAUAUAUAAUAAUUUGUUUGUGUAUAUAUUCGUAUAUACAUAAUGUUUGUGUGUGUGCAUGAUCAAGGUCAAACUAAGACUACCCUCGAAAUUUAACAUACUGAUUAUAAUCGUCUGUCAAAAAAAUUGCUGUUAAAUAUUAAAUUGCAUGUUAUAAAUAACUGGAGCGACUACGCUACUUUCAUAGAGAUAUGGAUUUUUAAUCAAAAACACAGUAUAAAUCAAUUAUAUAUGAUAAAGGUAUGUGGGAAUCUAAAAUAAACAGCCAUACAAAAAAUGUAUCCUGGAAUCGUACGAUAUAAUAUAUGUGUCGGAGAAGGAAGCACUUUGUCGUUUUUGAAGAGUGACGUCAGCAUAACUGACGUCACCAAUGACUAUUCUUGAAUGUCGUCAGGAUCUAAGGCUCAUAUAUAUAAGCAUCGCAAUGUUAUCUAACAUCAAAAAAGGUAGCAGCUUUAACUGAUAAACAGUACUCUGCAUGUAGGUAUUCUUUAAGCUGGAAAUGAGUCACAUUCACGAUUUCCAGGUGAAAAUAUAUUUUUCAGUGAGCAAUGCUGGGUCUAGAAAAAGCAGCAUAAAGAUGCCAAAGUUAUAGAUGGGGCACCAAAGAAUGUUUACCACUAUUGGAGAUUUUAAGAUUAUUUAAAUUAUAACAGCCUGACUUCACUCCAGAAUAUAGAGAAAUAGAAUCAAUAGAUUUGGGAAAAGAUUUUUAGAAAACUUUUAAAAAACGCUGAGGUUAAUAACCGGGAGUUGUACAAGAAUAAGUUACUACCUGUUAUCAGUUAAAGAUGGCGGUUACGGUUUAAACAAUAGCCUUCCAUAUACAUAGGAAAAGGACAGCAAAGAUAACAAACGAUAGUGUGAUAAUAAAAUGUAUCAGAUGAUAAUCAUCAAAGAUUGUUCUUAAACUGGAUUUGAUUUGAGAAUCAGGAAAAUUAUAAUGUUAUAAUAUAAUAUGUUAAGGUAAUUAAAUAAUGUGUUGAUAUAAGGCAUUAGUUUAGUGUCGAUAACGACUUCCUACAGACGUAGUGAAAGAAGUAGUAGUAAUUAUUAUUAUUACCUAUAUGUGUGGGUGUGUGAGUGCGUGUAUAUGCAUGCGUGUAUGUGUGUGAUGUGUGGUGAAGGUGUGUGUGUGUGUGUUUCUAGUUGUCGAAGGAUUGUCGGUUUGGAGCUCGUUUGAAACGGUUAGCGUCAACUAUAAGUGCACGUUCAUUGUAAUAGGUAACAAUUAAUUUGUAACAAUCAGGAAGUGCCUUUCACACGGCAUUGUAUUGAAUGAUUUUUGCAGUUACACAAAAUAAACUAAAAAGUAAAGUGUCAUCGUGAAGACUAACGUUCGGUAGAAAAACGCUUACCACAUUGUUAUUGAUACUGUUAUUGAGCGUUUUUGUACGCUUGUAUUUACAAUCGGUUCCAUCCGACAUAUUAUUACUCGUGUGACGUAAUGAGCGGUAUGCGUUUUUUUGCUGUCCAAAGGUAAAAUACAAAAAUUUGUCACUUCAUCUAUAAGAAUCCUGCAAGAAAUCGUUCAAGCUCUGCCGUUCGUGACGUAUAAAAUACAAGUAAAAGUCUUGAAUAACGAAUAUUCAAGCGAGGUAUUGCACUGACAGGUUUAGUUACGAACGUAAUUAUUUCAAUCAAAUUUCAGACAUUAAAUGUAUUUUGAUAUAACCAAAUAUUUUUACUAAACUAUAAUAGCUCAUUUACACUCGCGUACGAGUCGCGAGACGAGGCACGAGCCGAAGCACAAGGUAAGAGAGUUAAUAGUCGCUCACGGCUUGUCUCGCGUCUCGUCUCGCGCCUCGCAGCAGGAGCGGUAAUUUGGGCCUCAGUCAAAUGACCUUGCAACACUCGCGAGCGUGGUGUUUACAUUCGCGCUCUCGCUUCAUUCAAGUUUUCAACCUUGUGCCGUGUAGAUCAAUCAAAAUGGAGUGGUUCGAAAAUGAAACAUUCAAGUUUUUGGAACUAUUUCAAAAAGAACCCAUCAUUUGGGAUCCCAAAAACAAAUUCCCUAAAAAUAACCAGAAAGUGAACGAUGCUAGGGUAAGGUUAAGUGGAGAAAUAUGUUGACCUGUACCUGAGUUAAAAAAUAAAAAAAAAUAUCUCAAGGCAACCUUUCGUCCGCAUCUGCGGCCCAAACAAGAAUCAUUAAUUUUUUUCUUUUCUUUAAAUUAUUUGCAUAGCAGUAGCUAAGGCUUGUUGCCGCUAACAAUUCAACGCUCUCCAUUCUGGCUAGUUUGAACACAACUGAACUCACCACGAUAAUGUGAACAGACGCUCAUUAACCAUCAAUCGCGAGAGGUGCGAGCUGUGAUACGAGACGAGGUACGAGGCGAGAGUGUAAAUAGUAUAAGAUGUGAUGGAAAUUUAUUUGUAAAUAAUUGUCUUUCGAUUUUUCCAAUUAAGCGUUAAUUAUGUACAGGUAAGGGUCAUUUUAAUCAAACUUGAAACUAAUUUUUUGUACAUUAAAUGUAAAUCUAAUAUAACACAUUAUCUAACAAGUCUAGGAAUACGAUAAUUUUUUAACUUUCUUACCAUUAUAUACAGAUUUAUUGUAAAAUUACUUCUAGAGCAUUUAUAGCCACAUAUACUGGUAGGAUACUUAAUUAAUAAAGUAUAUAAGUACCACGUGCCACAUAAAUAUGCAGAUGUUUUAGCCAGUACAUUAAUUUAGCCAAUUGAAUAUAAUUGUCAUUAAACGGCUUAAUUUAUAUAGCUUUCAGAUUUGUAGCCGAUUCAUUAAAUGGACUGAUUUAUUAUUAUCCUUGCUAUUGAUCAAAAGUAUAUCAAUAUAUAAUUAUAUAUUUAAUUUUUUUUAAAUUAUAAAACAUAUUUGAUUUGUAAGGUUAUUUUUGAUAAACGAAUAAUUUUUCUAAAAUUCGUAUCCUAUUGAUAGUUUUUUAUGAUAAAAUGUUACAAGUGUAAUGAAGGAAUACUUUGAAAAAUGUAUAUAUUAGACAUAAAAAAGAGCGACGUUUUCUAAAAAAAAUAAUCAUAGGAUAUUUAAGCUUUUUAGAGGAAAUAGUGAUAGUAUUUUUAACGGUAUAGCUAUUUUUCGUUAUAUGUGAUUUUGUUAUUUUACCUUAUCUGCAGCUUUGUUGUUAUUGGUCAUAUGUUAUUUUGUUAUUUUGAAUUAUUUGUAACUUUUUGAUUUCGUUGCUUUUCUUCCACGUUUAUUAUUACAUUACUUUUUAUGUACGUCUAAUUUUUAAGUGUUCCGUGUCAUUUAACGCUUUUUCACUUUAAUAUUACUUUUAAAAAAAUUUUUGAAUCGUCUUUUUUAAAUGUCUUAUUAAAAUAAUAUUGUUUUGUUAUAUUUAUGUAAAGUGUUUUAGUGGUUUCAUAUCAGCUUAUAAUAUAACAACGGCCUAUAAUUUAAAACGUUCGCUUUUUAGGUGAUAAAACUUAUAAAUAUUUCACGCUCUUAUCGAUAACAUAUCAUGUUAUUCAAUAAAUUUAAAUGUACGUAAUAACACAGAGACUUCAUACAAAGUUCGUAAAGGAUUUAAAAUUCUUUCAUAUAUCCCUGUUUAUUUUUUUUUUAGCUAUCUUAAGUAUUACUUUCUAAUUCUUUGUAUUCACCUAUUGGUAUAAAAGCGUUUAUUUUUAUUAUAUAAUGUAUAUAUUCCGUUCUCAAUCUUUGAACUACCCUCAGUUGCUUUAAAAAAUCACACAAAUACAUAUACAUGUAGUGUGUGCAUGGUUCUGUGUUUUUGCUAAUAAAAAGCCUGAACAUCUGCGUUAUCUCACACAUAGAAACUUGUACACAAAUACAUGUGUUCGUGUAUGUUGGUGUCGUUUCAAACACAUUUCUGUGUGUGUGUAUUUAAUACUGUUCGUUAUAUGCUGUAGUGUGCGUGUCGUAAGACUCACACAAUGGCAUUUUAUCGAAUGUGAUUAGAAAAAUAUAAUGAAAUCUUGGAACGACAUCAAAUUGAAUUUUUAAUGUUUUGUGUGAAAUCGUAAUAAUACUUUAAAUGAUUCACCUUUAGUGAGAGUUGGCAUAGUGUGUCGUCACACUAUAUACUAACCGUAUGAACGUUCCUCUAUCAUGACUCCUUGGAUAAUCUGAUAUAACAGAUAUAUAAAUGAAAAACUUCAUAACAGUUGGUAUUUAGUAUGGAGAUGCCAAUUAAUACCUACUAAGGUUAGUUUCCUGUCUCUAGUUUAUAUAAAAAUCACAGAUUUAUUUAUUCAUAAGCCCCAAUUGUUUUUCUUAUAAAGAGAAGUCACCAUAUCAUGUACGAACAUUUAUUUAGUUGUUAAGUUAGUACUAAGCUGUGCCAUGAUUGUGUUAUUAUAAUUUUGUUCUGAAUUCCAAUAAAGUAUCGCUUUCAA